GCUGGACGGGCGGUGCUUGCAGAAUCCCAGAACGGUUGCUGAGCGGGCCUGGAUUCCAGGUCGGGGCGCCUUCCGCCUGACUGAACCCAGUCCAUCUGUCGGAUUCUGAGCGAGCUAACCCGAGCCCGCGCCGGACGGGCGGGCCGGACACAGAGAACCCCCGGCUGGUGUCAGGUGCCCCUAGUACUGGAGAUCUCACCACGAGGGGACAGAUGGAGCUAGGGGCCAGCAAGAUGGCGGACGAGGCUUUAGCUGGGCUGGAUGAGGGAGCCCUGCGGAAGCUGCUGGAGGUCACAGCAGAUCUGGCAGAGCGGCGGCGCAUCCGCUCAGCCAUCCGAGAGCUGCAGCGGCAGGAGCUGGAGCGCGAGGAGGAGGCCCUGGCAUCCAAGCGCUUCCGGGCCGAGCGGCAGGACAACAAGGAGAACUGGCUGCACUCUCAGAAGCGGGAGGCUGAGCAGCGGGCCGCUCUGGCACGGCUGGCGGGGCGGCUGGAGUCCAUGAGCGAUGUGGAGGAGCUGACCGUGCUGCUGCGAAGUGCCGGUGAAUAUGAAGAACGCAAGCUGAUCCGGGCCGCCAUCCGCCGUGUGCGGGCCCAGGAGAUUGAGGCUGCCACCCUGGCUGGGAGGUUGUGCAGUGGUACUCCCAACAGUGACUCAAGUGAGAACAGCAAGGGACCGGCAGCCCACAGGCUUGAACAGUGUGAGGUGCUGGAGCGAGAAGAACAGAAGCAGCAGGUAGAGGUCCCAGAACCAACCCCAAGCCCUAAAGGCACCAACCAGGAUGUGACCACGGUGACACUCCUGCUGCGGGCCACACCUGGGGACACACCCAGGUCACCUGCCUCACCCAUCAGUUCACCCACCACUGCCUCUCCUGAGCCUCCGCUGGAGCCUACCGAGGGCCCAUGCCCUGCCGACAAGGCUCUAGGCGCCUCAGAGCCACCACCGACCCUGCCCAGGGCCACCAGCCCUGAAACCCAGGAGCUGCCAGCACCCCCCUGCACUGAGGGACAGGUGGUCAACAAGCUCCUGCCUGGCCCCACGGAGCCCACCGCUGCCAGCACCAGCAGAAGUCCCUCCGACACAAAGAGCGCAGACAUGCCUGGACCCCGUCCCUGCCAACGCUCCCUGUCUGUGCUUAGCUCCCGCCAGCCAGUCCAGAAUCAAGAGCCCACCCCACUUGCUAGCGGACUUUCCCCGUUCCGGCGGGCUGGCUCUGUACGGGACCGCGUUCGCAAGUUCACAUCUGACCCUCCUGUGGCUGCUGCGCUCCAGGACGGCCCACCACGGGCAGAAUUAGGUUCCUCCACCCCUGCAAGGCUCCCGGGUCCUUCCCUUAUCAGCACCACCCCCGCCUCCUCCUCCAGCUCCUCCUUACGGGACCCUGGUGCUGCCUCCUCCCGGUUCAGUAAGGAGAAGCCAGGAACAGCUCGGCCCCUGGCCCAGCUUCAGAGCUGCCCCAGGGAGGAGGCCCCCCGGGGGCGGGGCUUGGCUGCCAGGCCCCUUGAAAACGGAGCAGGGGGGCCUGCAGCCCGCUCAGAGGAGCCCAGUGCCCCACUGCCUGUCGGCACUGCCGAGCCAGGGGGCAGUAUGAAGACUACAUUCACCAUCGAGAUCAAGGAUGGCCGAGGCCAGGCCUCCCCAGGCCGGGUGCUGCUGCCCGCCGGCAACCAAAGGGCAGAACUGACACUGCGAGCACCUCCUACCCUCUUCAGCACCAGCAGUGGGGGCAAGAGCACCAUCACCCAUAUCAGCAACCCAGGGACCCUGUCCCGGGUGGGCAGUGUUACUCAGGUCACCAGCUUCAGCCAUGCCUCCCCUGGUAACCGGCGAGGCUACAGCAUCAAGAUGGAGCCAGAGCCAGCAGAGCCUUCUGCAGCAGUGGAAGUGGCCAGUGAUGCCAAGCAAACCCAGGUGGACAAAGCAUCGGAGAGGCGGAGCCCACUGAGUGCAGAGGAGCUGAUGGCCAUUGAGGAUGAGAGCGUCCUGGACAAGAUGCUGGAUCGGACCACAGAUUUUGAGGAACGCAAGCUCAUCCGGACAGCACUCCGUGAGCUCCGACAAAGGAAGAGAGACCAGCGGGACAAGGAACGGGAACGGCGGCUACAGGAGGCACGGGCCCGGCCAGGGGAGAGCCGAGGCAACACCACCACCGAAACCACCACGCGGCACAGCCAGCGGGCAGCCGACGGCUCGGCUGUCAGCACUGUCACCAAGACUGAGCGGCUCGUCCAAUCCAAUGAUGGCACACGGACGGCCCGGACCACCACAGUGGAGUCAAGUUUUGUGAGGCGCUCGGAGAAUGGUGGCAGCAGCACCACAGUGCAGACCAAGACCUUUUCUUCCUCCUCGUCUUCCUCCUCAUCCAAGAAGAUGGGCAGUAUCUUCGACCGCGAGGAUGAGUCCAGCCCUCGGCCCGGCAGCCUGGCGGCACUAGAGAAACGCCAGGCAGAGAAGAAGAAAGAGCUGAUGAAGACACAGAGCCUGCCCAAGACCUCGGCGUCCCAGGCGCGCAAGGCCAUGAUUGAGAAGCUGGAGAAGGAAGGCGCCGCUGGAAGCCCUGGUGGCCCCCGUGCAGCCGUACAGCGCUCCACCAGCUUCGGGGUCCCCAACGCCAACAGCAUCAAGCAGAUGUUGCUGGACUGGUGCCGAGCUAAGACGCGUGGCUACGAGCACGUGGACAUCCAGAACUUCUCCUCAAGUUGGAGUGACGGGAUGGCCUUCUGUGCCUUGGUUCACAACUUCUUCCCAGAAGCCUUUGACUAUGGGCAGCUGAACCCACAGAACCGGCGCCAGAACUUUGAGGUGGCCUUCUCAUCUGCUGAGACCCAUGCGGACUGCCCGCAGCUCCUGGACACAGAGGACAUGGUGCGGCUUCGAGAGCCUGACUGGAAGUGCGUGUACACGUACAUCCAGGAGUUCUACCGCUGUCUGGUCCAGAAGGGGCUGGUAAAAACCAAAAAGUCCUAACCCCUGCUUGGGGCCCCACGGAUGCUGGUGGACUGCGUGCCCCUCGUGGAGGUGGAGGACAUGAUGAUCAUGGGCAAGAAGCCCGACCCCAAGUGCGUCUUCACCUAUGUGCAGUCGCUCUACAACCACCUGCGGCGCCAUGAGCUGCGCAUGCGUGGCAAGAAUGUCUAGGCUUCCGCGCGCGCCCUGCCGGCCUUGGCAAUCUGCCCCCACGUCCAGGCACCGUUCCCUCUGCACCUGCCACCCCCCCUAUCUGUCGCGAUACCCUCCCCCACUUGCACACGCAGCGUUUUGAUAAAUUAUUGAUUUUCAACGA